CGCGUCCUCAUCAGUCAUCACUCCUCAUUGACUUCCAGAUCUCCCCACUCCACUCGUCUACAGUUCCAGCGCCGGUGCCAUCUCGCCACUCGUCGCCGCCCUCGCCGCCGGUGCCUCUCACACGAGCCAGAAACACCCCGCGUCCGCACUCGCUUCCUCGUCUCCCCACUCCCGCCGCCGGUUCCAGAUCCGCGUCCCACCAGCCGCACUCCGUCCUCCCUGGCGCCCAAUCCUCGUCCGCCGUCCCCGACUUGGCCAACUCGCCGUCUACGUGGCCGCAUCAGAUGACAGGCGGAAUUGUGACCGUGGCAGGCGGGGUGAUGGACCCCCUCAUCGGCAAGCUCAAAACACUCAUGGGCGAUGAGUACAACAAGUUCAUAGGUGUCAGGAAGCAAGUCUCAUUCCUUGAGAACGAGCUCAGCGCCAUGAAUGCCGCCCUUCACAAGCUGGAGCUCGUGGAUGAGCUCGAUCCGACCGUCAAGGACUGGGUGGAUCAUGUUAGGGAUAUGUCCUAUGACAUGGAGAAUUGUAUCGACGACUUCAUACACGAGUUUAGCGCCGAUGAUGUCAAGGCAGGCCUCAUAGAGAAGACUAUUCAGUUCGUCAAGAAGUUUCGACAACGUCUUCGGAUAGCUGACCGGAUGGAAGAACUCAAGACUCUUGCCUUGGAGGCAAAUGCUCGGCGCGAGAGGUAUAAGAUUGAUGAUUGCAGGCCUGCCUCUAGCUCUGUGGCUGUUGACCCUCGGCUGCGAGCGGUAUACCAGGAGGCGGAAACUCUUGUGGGUAUUGAUGGCCCAAGGAAGGAGGUUGUCACUCGGUUGAUGGAUACACAAAAGAAACUCAAGGUGGUGUCCAUUGUGGGAUUCGGUGGUCUUGGUAAAACAACACUUGCCAAACAGGUGUAUGACAAGAUCAGCUCGCAAUUCACAUGCAAGGCAUUUUUUUCUGUUUCACAGAGGCCUGAUAUGAUUGAGCUACUCAACAAUUUACAAUAUAAACUUGGGAUGAAGGAGUCCAAUUCAUCCCGCCCUCGCAAGGUUGACGACAUCAUUGAAGAGCUAAGGGAACAUCUGAAAAAGAGGAGGUACCUUAUUGUUGUGGACGAUCUGUGGGAUGAAUCGACAUGGAAUAUUAUUAAGUGUGCUUUUCCAGAAGAUGGUAACGGAAGCAGAGUAAUAGCUACAACACGAGUGGAAGGUGUGGCCGGAGCAGCCUGUCAGAAUGACCGUGAGGGUAUCUACAAAUUGGAACCUCUCAGUGAAGAAAACUCAAGAAUGUUAUUGUUGAAUAGAGUAUUUGGGUUCGUACAUGGUUGUCCCCCCCAACUUGAAGAUGUCAUGGCUGAAAUUUUGAAAAAGUGUCAUGGAUUGCCACUUGCAGUUAUCACAAUAGCUAGCCUAUUAGCAAGUGAAGAAAGAUCAUUGAAGGGCUGGGAGAGUAUAAGGGAUUAUUUGGGUGCCCAGUCUGCCACAAAUCCCACCUUGGAAGAGAUGAAGAGUAUAUUAAACCUUAGCUACAUGCAUCUUCCUGCUCAUUUUCGAGCAUGUUUUUUGUACCUUGGUAUGUAUGCAGAGGACUGUGAGAUCCUAAGAGAUGAUCUGAUUCGACAAUGGAUAGCUGAAGGCUUUAUCAUUAGUUUGCAUGUGCAAGAUCUGGAGGAUGUUGGCAGGAGUUAUUUCAAUGAGCUUGUCAAUAGAAGCAUGAUCCAACCUUAUAAAAAUGUGGAUGGGAAGGUGUGUUGCAAAGUACACGACAUGAUGCUUGAUUUGAUCCUAAGCAAGUGUGCUGAAGAUAACUUUAUAAGUGUGGCAUACAAUUAUGAAGGCAUGGCAAGAUUGCAUAGCAGGAAACACAAGGUUCACAGACUAUGUAUGACAUCCAUUGUUGGUGGUGGAGCAACAUAUGGCCCAACUAUUGUUGUUAGCUUAUCACAAGUUCGGUCAUUUACAAUGUUGGGGAACUCCAUGCCUCCUCUGGUGUUGUUUAAGUAUCUCCGGGUGCUCAAGAUUGAUCAAGGCAGGCCCAGGGGAGACGAGGAGACACGUGACCUCACCGCUAUUAGGCAAUUGUUUCAGCUAAGGUAUUUGCAGAUUUUGGGGCCAUAUCCUAUAAAGCUCCCUUCUGAACUUCAAGGGCUUGUUUACUUGGAGACGCUGGACAUACCUGAUGCAUGCCCCAGGACCAUCCCCUCAGAUAUUGUCCAUUUGUCCCGCUUGUCCUAUCUCAAUGUAUGGAUGGAAGAAGGGCUGCCUGAAUUGAUUGGAAAUAUGAAAGUAUUGCGCAGUUUGAGAAUAUCGAAUAGCUGGGUGAUCCAUCAUAGCAUGAAGGGUAUUAUGGGUCUUGGUGAGCUGACCAAUCUUCGGGAACUGAUGAUCGAGGUGGGGCCUUUGGAGAAGCCAGAACUUGAUGCUUUGGUCUGGUCCAUUGGAAGGCUCUGUAACCUCAAACACCUUCAAAUCUUAGGGUUAUGUUCCAAAGGCGAUAACCAGCUGGGUUCAUUAUCCAAUCAUUUCCAACAUCUCGAGGAAUUGCAUGUAUCUUCAUUAAAUUUCUGUAGAGUUCCCACAUGGAUGGGUGGUCUUCAUUGCCUUAGCAUUCUCGACCUGCGUGUGGAGGAGACGUCAACUGAGGAGGUUUAUCUUCUUGGGGGGCUUCCCUCCCUUGUCAAUUUGAUUUUCAAACCAUCACACAUCCCUAAAGAAAGGGCUAUGUUGGACACGGGACUAUUCCCGGUUCUGGAGUACCUCGAAUUUUGGUCUCAGGAAGAUGUUAUGGGGUACCUGGGGUUCGAGGCAGGGGCCAUGCCCAACCUACAAUUCCUCACCGUUCACUUUAUAAAGGAGUGGGGCGGCAGUAUACCAGUCGGCAUGGAACAUCUAUCACGCCUCCAAGAGAUCCUACUGAAGGAGGCUUAUUCCGAUGAUGCCAUUGUGUCUAUGUUCAGGAAUGCCUUAUCAGCACACCCAAACCGCCCUUCCGUUGAACAUUGGUCCGGUAAACGUGAGGAGGUAGUUCGAAUUUGACUGCCGCCUCACAGCCUAUUGGCAUCCUUGUCGAUGUUUACCAUUUCUUUAGCAAUGCAGGCUCAGAGCUCAAUUAGAGUGGAUGUCAAAGCUGAGGGGUAGAGUGCCAACAAUGCAGAAGAGGAGCCUUUGCUGCGAAGAAGGAAGCUGCACUUGAGGCUGCAGAGAAGAGAGCAGCAGAGGCAAAAGAAGGUUGAAGCUGCAUACAAGGAAGCAGGACAAGGACAAGAUGAGGCAUAGAAGGUAGCAGCUGAAGGAAAGAAAUGUUAGUAGAUUGUACAGAGUCAAACUUUUCGUGGAUAUAUGAUUAGUCUGCAUCAGUUUGCUUCUCUAGCUUCCCUGAAGAUAUGUUCAGAGUCGACAGUUGUCCACUUACACAAGCACACCCACCAACCUCCAAAGGCUGCUACUGAGCUCAAUGUCCAUUGCCAAUUUGCCAUGUUGUCAGAUAGCUUUGGAAAGGUGUUUGUCAAAUCUUAAGUAUCUCAGGUUUGCACAAGCAUUGCUGCUGCUUGGUCCAUACCAUUAGCUCACAUUCUUCACUGCUGUUAACCAAUAUCUUGUCCUGGGUCUGCCAAGACGAUUGCUUGCCUCCUAGCGGAGGAGGUUUCUACGGGCAAAAUGAAGAAGGUGAAGAAGGCUAUCAGGAGCAUAGGCAAGAAGACUGACGUCAUUAGGAAGGCGUCCGCGGCUGCUUAAUGGAGGAUGCUCAGUCUUUUUGUCAUCCAUCUUCGAUUGACUCGCCUCUGUGGAUUUGGUGGCGUUCGGUGGUUUCGCUGAGGGUUUCGUUGCGAUGUCAUUUUGCGAGGGUUUAUGGUUGUUGCAUGUUAUGUAUGUUUGUUGGGUUGACCGUGGUGUCAUGGAGUUUCUUUCUUAGCGAGUAGUCCACAUGUGAUCUAUAUGUAUCGGUUUUCGCCCGGUUUUCCGUUAAUAAACUGGGCAAUUCUCUUCUUCUUAAUUAAUCGAUGAGGCAAAUCUUUUGCCUCCGUUUCGAAAAAAAUAUUUGUGUGUUGGUGGUAGUAGCAACAUUUCUAUUAUUUUUCUCAACCUGAUCGAGCCAU